AUGAAGCUUUACGACGCCCCAGCAUCCAACCCAAUGGUUGUUCGCCUCUUUGUGCUCGAAAGAGGCGGCAUUAGCCUCGAUGUCGAAACCAUCAACGUCAUGAACAUGGAGAACAGAGGCCUUGAAUAUCGAAAGAUCAACCCGCGAGGGGAGGUUCCCGCUCUCGUUCUCGAUAAUGGAUUUGUCCUAACUGAGGUUACCGCCAUCUGCGAAUAUCUCGAUGAGACAGCCCACGGUGGCAAGUCGCUCUUUGGCGAAACACCUCGCGAGCGUCCCGAAACACGCAUGUGGCUCAGGGCUGAGACGAAUGGACCUUGA